GGGAGGGGAGGUAACGUGCCAUGUGCAGUCAAAUACGAUUUACAGGCGAACUGCGGCGGUUGUUGACAUUAUAGUUACUACGAAGUUAUUUCAAAAAUGUCCCUAUCGAUCCUAGACGACACUCAUGACCCCAAUGAUCCCUAUUACUACGCCCAAAAUAUGUUGGAAGGAUUAGAUAGUGACGUUGAACUGGUAAGACCAGUUCCACAGCCGCAGAACAUUGUGAAAAAACGACUGAAGACCUCAAGGAAAAGAACGGCUAAGGAAAUGAUGACAUCAUCCUUUGUAAAAUGCAACACGAUGCGAAAGGGUAAUAGGGUCAUUAAGAUUGAGGUGUAUGAUCUCAACGAGUGCCAGGACACAACCAGUGAAAGUGCUGUAGUGAGUUGUCAGUGGGUUUGUGAAGAUCCUAUGGACGAAAUAUUGGACUUAACUGAAAAUUUAAUUAAAAAAAUAACAAAAAAAAUGUGUGAUAAUAAUUUUUAAAAAUAAUAUUUUAAGUAAUUAGGUAG